AUGAAUAUCCAAACUUUUUUGGUUCUUAUAGUAUUACUGCUAACAAUGGGAGCGUAGACCCAAUCAGUUUCUUCAGAUGAAAAAUGCACAUGUUCAACAGUAAAAUCAAAAUUUGACUGUGUCGCGUUAGGGUGUACUUUCACUCCAUCGACAACAACAACAGCAGCAACAUGUACUUCAACUCCAACUGCUCUUGCUGUUGUAAGUGUUUAUUGUGGUUCCAUAUAAACACCAGUCACGAACUGCCCUAAAACUAGAGGAUGUGCUUUUUAUGAUGGGAAAUGCCAACAUUUUAGUGGAUGUUAAGCUUAUCUUAAAACAAGUACGAAAGAAUGUUAAUCAAUAUCAACAUAUUGUAUAUCAGAUGGUGUUUCAUGUAUUGAUCCUUAACCAUGUGAAAAUUAUAAAACAUUAGAGAUUUGCAAUAUUAAUGUAAGUGAUACAUCUACAUAACUUUGUAUUUGGGACGAAAAUGCUAAUCCAAAAUGUAGGGCAUAGAAGUGUAGUGAAGCACCUCAAACACUAAAAUCAGAUGGUGAAUGUAAUUAAUUUAAGGCGGGAUGUGUAACAAUAGGAUUGGGAUGCGCAGAUUAAAAAUCUUUAUGUAGUGAAUACAAAUCAGAUUGUUAUAAUAUGAUAGGAUCUGAUGGGAUUUGUGGAACAGCUACAGAUGGAACAUGUAUUAAGAGAAGUUGUGAUUCAGCACCAAUAGAAUAUACAACAGAUGCCUAAUGUAAUUCAUUUGUAUAAGGAUGUAUUACAAAUGGAGCUGGAUGUUCUAAUAGUCCUUUACCGAAUUGUUCAGAGUAUAAACUAGACCCAUUUAAUUGUUUGAAGAGAAUGGGAAGUGAUGGAUAUUGUGUUGGAACAGCUACAAAUGAAUGUUAAGUAAGAACUUGUGAAAAUGCUCCUGCAGACUUUUUCUCAACUCUACAGUGCAAUAAUUAUUUAUCAGGUUGUAAAUAUAAUGGAAUAAAUUGUGUAAGUUAACUUCAAAAUUGUUCUGCUUUUACAGGAACAAAAGAAACUUGUUCUAAAUUUAUAGGUUUAAAUGGAUAAUGUUGGGGAGAUGCUACAAAUGAUUCAACUUCAAAUUGCAGAAAUAAAUUGUGUUCAGAUGGAGAGAUUAGUUAUAAUACAGAUAAAUUAUGUUCUGAUUUCUUAACUAAUUGUUAUACAAAUGGUUAAGGAUGUACAUCAGAAAAGAAAGCAUGUUCUACAUAUACAGGUACUACUACUACAUGUAGUAAAUGGAUUGGAUCAGAUGGUAGAUGUGAAGGAAUUGAUGCAACUACUGAUAAACCAUGUUAAGCUAGAAUAUGUGUUAAUGCAAAAGGUGAUAAUUAUGCUUCUAAUGAUAAUUGUAAAGCUUAUCAAUUUGGAUGUUUGUCUAAUGGUUCUGGUUGUGUUUAAACUGAAACUUGUUUAGCUACUUAAAAAUAAUUAACAUGUACAGGAACCACUGAUUGUCUAUGGUCGGGGAUUUGUGUAGAUUCUAACUGCUCUAAAUAUACUUCAAUUAGUAUGUGUACUAAUAAUCUUGCUAAAGGAAGACCAUGUAUAUGGAAUGGAACUAUUUGUAGAGAAAAAUUAUGUAAUGAGGCUGAUAAAGCUACAAAUACAUCAGAUGAAUUAUGUUCCAAAUUUAUGACUGGAUGUAUAUAUUCUGGAGAUGGUUGUUAAGAUUCUACUGCUGAUUGCACUGUAUUUAGAGGUGAUAAAACCACUUGUCCUAAAUUUGUUGCCAAUUCCAAAAAAUGUUGGUCUACUAGUGAAACUAAGGCUCCUUGUUCAAUUAGGAAAUGCUCUGAUAAUACAACUGCCACUUCUGAUACAGAUUGUUCAACUUUUCUUGAGGGAUGUGUUACUAAAGGUGCUGGUUGUAUUAGCGUAUCUGAACCAUGUUCCUCUUAUAUUGGAUCUAUUGAUUAAUGCAAAUUGUUUAAAGGUGAAAAUAGAACCAAAUAAUGUUAUAAAGAAGAUAAUAUUUAAUCAUGUAGAAAUAUUAAAUGCACUGAUAAUACUACUGCUACAUCUAAUAGUGAAUGUGAUUCUCAUUUGAUUGGUUGUUUAACUAAUGGUAAUGGAUGUGUUACUCCUGAUAUUCCAUGUACAUAGUAUUCAGGAAAUUCUUCAGAUGUUUGUUAGAAAUUUGUUGGUAAUGGGAUUGAAUGUUGGUGGGAAUCUGGUGGUAAUUGCGUUGAUAAAAAAUGCUCUCAUAAGACAUCAGCUACUGGUAAUGAUGAUUGUGCAUCUUUUCUAAAGGGUUGUGUAUUUAAUGGAACAGGAUGCUAGAAUAAAUCUUUAGCUUGCAGUACAUUUACAGGGAAUGAAAGUACAUGUUCUUAAUAUUUUGGAAAUGGAUUAUAAUGCACUAGAAGAAAUUUUUGUGUUGAAAGUGAAUGCUCUGAAAAAAAGGAUGCUAAUUCACAUGAAGAUUGCCUUGAAUAUGCUCCUAGUUGUAGAUACAGUGGGGUUAAUAACUCUUGUAUAAAUGCAGCAUCAUGUGGUUCUUAUACUACAAUGACUUCUUAACUUUGCGAUUCUACAACAAAUUAGAGUGGAACAAAAUGUUACUAUUAAAAUUCUACAUGUUCUGAAAGAACUUGUGAUCUAUUAAAUGCUGCUAAUUCAUAAUCAGAAUGUGAUAAUUUUUUAACGGGAUGUAUAUGGACAGGUACUAAAUGUACAAGCAAAGUAGCUGCAUGUACAAGUUAUACUAAUUUUACUUAAGCUGCUUGUUAAAUAGCAAAAGAUACAUCAAAUAAUUUAUGUUGGAAAUCUGCUUCAGGUACAGGUUCAUGUGAAGUAAGAACAUGUUUAUAAGUUUCAAAGACUACAGCAACAGAAUGUUAAAAUCAUUUAAGCACGUGUACUUCGAAUGGAACUAGUUGUGUUAAUAAAUAAGCUAAUUGUACAUCUUAUACAACCAAUUUUACAUAAGCAGCAUGUAAAGAAGCCAAAACUACAAGUGGAGCUUUUUGUUGGAUGGAAACAGCAGGUCCAGGAUCGUGUAUAGCUAGAACUUGUGAACAAACUAUUAGUACACCUAAUGCAAGCAAUUGUGCAGCUCAUAUUUAAAAUUAAUGUACAUAUAAUGGAACAAACUGUUUAACAAUUUAAAAUUGUUCUAGUUACACAAGUUUAACAAUUCCUUAAUGUCAAUCAAUUAUGGGUAUUAGUGGAUAUCUCUGUAAUAAGACUAGUACAAUUUUAACAGAUGGUUGCGUAGAAAGAACUUGCAAUGAUGUGAUAGCACCAAAAAAACUUAGUGAUUGUACCACAUAUUUAUCAAAAUGUACAUUUGAUGGUACAAUAUGUAAAUUGCAAUAAGCUACAUGUGAUUUGUACAUUGAUUUUACAUAAGCAGCUUGUUAAGCUAUUGUUACAACUACUGGAGAGAGAUGUUGGAAAUAAUUUGAUGAAAUUGGAAAAUGUGAAUCAAGAACAUGUACAAACGCUCCUAUUCAAACUUCAGAAUCUGCUUGUAGAUCUCACCUUAGUACUUGCACUUUUAAUGGAAGUGCAUGUGUUGCUUAAUAGACUACAUGUUCUGGAUAUUCUGAUACUAAUGCUUUAAAUUGUUAAAAAUUAUCAGCUUUUAAUGGGGACAGUGUUACUCCAUGUUGGUUGGUUUCUGGUACAGGUACAUGUAUAAAUAAAUAAUGUAUUCAUAAUACAACUGCAACAACUGAUUAAGAAUGUUAAGCUUUUUUAACUGGCUGUGUAACAACUGGUAAAGGUUGUACAGAUAAUACAACUUAAUGUUCAUAAAUGACUGGUACUUAGGAUGGUUGUCUUGCAUUAAUUGGAAAUUUUAAAAGAUGUAAAGGAGGAUCAGAUUAAGGAGGAGAAUGCAGUAUCAAAUAUUGUUAAGAUAAUUCAACUGCAACUACUGAUUCUGAAUGUGCUUCAUAUAUGACUGGUUGUCUAACAAGAGGAAAAGGUUGUAUUGCCUCAACAGAACCAUGUAGUGCAUACAAGGGAACUUAAGCUUAAUGCAAUAAUUUUAAAGGUGCAGGCCGAACAUGUACAAAUACAGUUUAAGCUACAAGCACAACUUCUUGUAUUGAACGAAAGUGCAGCGAUAAUACAACAGCAACAUCUGACGCAGAAUGCUCAAAUUUUUAAAUAGGAUGCAUAACAAAUGGAAGGGGUUGUACUUCUGUAACAUCUUAAUGUACUUCAUUUUUUGGAACUCAAACAUAAUGUUCAUCAUUUUUAGGUAAUUCUGGGAAAUAGAAAUGUUUUGGUACAUCAAUAUCAUCUGGUUAAUCAUGUGUUAUAAGAACUUGUACUCAUAAUACAACUGCAACAACUGAUAGUGAAUGUGAAAAUUUUUUGACAGGUUGUAUAACAAAUGGAAAGGGAUGUGUUCCACCAUAAACAUGCUCCGGAUUUUCAGGAACAAGAAUAUCUUGUAUGACUUUUUCUGCAACAGAUAAACCAUGUAAGGGUACUAGUUCUACAACACCAAGUGCAUGUAAAGCUGCUACAUGUUAAGAUGCUCCAACAUCUUAUGACACAGAUGAAUAAUGUAAUAAAUUUAAAACAGGAUGUGUAACAAAUGGAUUUGGUUGUGUUAGUACCAUAAUUUGUUAAAAUUAUUAAUCAGAGAAGUCUUGUUUAGCAAAUACAUAAUGUUCAUUUAUAAAUUCAUGUAGAAGUAUUGCAUUAACACUUUGUACAUCAUUUACAAAUGCAUCUGUAUGUAUAACUACUCCAGUAAAGACUUAAAUGGGAAGAUGCGCUUGGGAUAGCACAAAUAAUGGAUGUAGAAAUUGGUAAUGUACAGAUGCUCCAUUAAGCGUUAAUACACAUGCAGGAUGCUAAGCACUUCAUUCUACUUGUACUACAAGAGGUAGUGGUUGUGUAAAUAAAGUUUAAUGUCAUGAAUAUUUGGAUCAAUCAAUUUGUUUAUCAGCUAAAUCUAUUUAAGAUGAUACUUGUAUAUGGGAUACAACAAAUAAUUCUUGUCGUAAACGAAAUUGUUCAGAUGCACCUAAAGCUUUGAAGACUGAUGAGGGUUGUAAUACAUAUUUACCUGGAUGUUUAACUACUGGAUAUGGUUGUGCUGCUCCACCUUUUGAUUGCACUGCAAAUAUUACAUAAACUAAAUGUUUAGUAGAUUCAUCUGGAAAUCCAUGCAUUUGGCUUAAUACAACUAAUAAAUGUUAAAAUUAUACUAAAUGUACAGAUAUCUAGAAAACCACCUAUGCUGAAUGUUAAGCAUAUUCUUUAUUCUGUACAUCUGAUGGAGUUAAUUGUGUUACAUAUAGUUUGUGUGCAUAUUACACAACACCUAAUAGUUGUUUAUUAGGAACAGAUGGUUAAUGUGGUUGGUAAUCAGAUACUAAUAAAUGUGUUAAAUAUGAAUAAUGUGAAUAAUAUGUUUCUACAUUGACUAAUUAAUGUUCUCUUUUUAAUUCCAAUUGUGUAAGCGAUGGUAAAAGCUGCAUUAAAAAACUGAAAUGUAGUUAAUACACUAACGAAGCAUCUUGUAUCUCUGGAGGAACUGAUGGAUUUUGUAAAUGGGAAAACAGCUCAUGCAGAAUUAGAUAAUGUUCUGAUGCCACUGAAGAUACAACUCUUUUUGAAUCUUGCUGGAAAUAUAGUGCUGAAAAAGUAUGUACUAGUAAUGGCUCUAAGUGUAUUGACAUUACUAAUUGUAGUACAUAUGCUAAAUCAUAUUGCAAAUUAGGAUCAGAUGGAUAUUGUACUUAUGAUGAUACUAAUUCAUUAUGUAGACCUAUGAUAUGUUCAGAUAAUAAAGAUACUACUAGUGCUAUCUGUUUAAGUAAAAUUGGACUUAAAUGUGUUUCUAAUGGAACUAAAUGUAUUGACAUUGCUAAAUGUUCUUCUUAUACUGAUAAAGAAGCAUGCAAUGGAGGUGGCACUGAUGGAACUUGUGUUUUCUCUCCUUCAUAAAAUAAUCCACUUGUAGGAACAUGUAAAUUAAUGACUUCAUGUUAAAGUGCUGCUCAAGAUCAAAUUGCUUGUUCUAAAGCACCUUGUGUAUUUAAUAAUAAUACCUGUGGACCUCAAACUUGCACAUCAUAAUAACAAGGCACGAAAUGUAAUUCCAUUUAAUCAUUUGAUAAAAAGACUAUCACUGUCUGUGUACCUGAUGGAAAUGGUGCAUGUAUUUAAGGAGAUGCUUCAUCUCUCUCAUCUAGCUUAUGCUUUGAAUUGAGUGGCAGAACUUAUUCAUGGAAUCCAUCUAAAAGUAAAUGUGAAAAAUGCGCUAAAGCGAAUAUUAACAAUAAUUCUACAUAAAAUUCAGAAGAAGGUGAGGAAGAAGAAGAUACAACAUAUGCCAUCUCUUUGACAACAACAUUCCUUGUCAUAAUUGGCUUCAUAUCAAUUUGAGAAUCUUAAGUUUUUAUUGAUUAAAUAUAAU